CAGCUGUUUCUUAGUCUAAUGUUUCACUCCUUUAGUCCACUUUCUAUCAGCAAGCAAGCAUAGAAUACAUAAAGUGUAUGAUAUAUAAAGACAAAGAAAUAAGCUAAAGUUCAUUACUUUGUGCUACUUUUGUCUUAAAAAAGGAGGGAAAUUAAAGAGGACUUGUGUUUUAUAGCUGCUCAAAGAACAACCCAAAAUAUAUAAUAAUGGUGUUAAAUAAACCCUUAAAUUUGAUAUUUUUCUCUAUUUUUUGGGGUUUUUUGGUCCUAAAUUUGUUCAUUAUUGUAAAUGCAAUUGUGGGUUAUGAUCAUCAAGCAAUUACCAUUAAUGGGCAAAGAAGGAUUCUUAUUUCUGGGUCUAUUCAUUAUCCUAGGAGUACUCCUGAGAUGUGGCCAGAUCUUAUUCAAAAGGCUAAAGAAGGUGGUUUAGAUGUAAUUCAAACUUACGUUUUUUGGAAUGGACAUGAGCCUGAACAAGGAAAAUAUUACUUUGAGGAUAGGUAUGACCUUGUGAAAUUCAUCAAGCUGAUUCAACAAGCUGGUCUUUAUGCUCAUUUAAGAAUUGGACCUUAUGUUUGUGCAGAGUGGAACUUUGGGGGUUUUCCUGUUUGGUUGAAGUAUGUUCCUGGCAUCAGCUUCAGAACAGAUAAUGAACCUUUCAAGGCUGAAAUGCAAAGAUUCACUGAGAAGAUAGUUAACAUGAUGAAAGCAGAAAAAUUAUUUGAGUCACAAGGUGGUCCAAUUAUUCUUUCUCAGAUUGAAAAUGAAUAUGGGCCAAUGGAGUAUGAACUUGGUGCUCCUGGAAGAGCUUACAGUAAUUGGGCAGCCAAAAUGGCUGUGGGGUUAAGUACUGGUGUCCCAUGGGUCAUGUGUAAGCAGGAUGAUGCUCCAGACCCAAUUAUUAACACCUGCAAUGGUUUCUACUGUGAUUACUUCUCACCAAAUAAGGCUUAUAAGCCAAAAAUGUGGACGGAGGCUUGGACUGGAUGGUAUACUGAAUUUGGGGGUCCGGUUCCAAGCAGACCAGCCGAAGAUAUGGCAUUCGCUGUUGCUAGAUUCAUACAGAAAGGGGGGUCUUUUGUUAAUUAUUAUAUGUAUCAUGGCGGUACCAACUUUGGCAGAACUGCCGGUGGCCCUUUCAUUGCUACUAGCUAUGACUAUGAUGCUCCUCUCGAUGAAUUUGGACUCCGAAAACAACCAAAAUGGGGCCAUUUAAAGGACUUGCAUAGAGCUAUAAAACUCUGUGAACCAGCUUUAGUUUCCAGUGAUCCAACGGUUAUCCGACUGGGAAGCAGUCAAGAGGCUCAUGAAUUCAAGUCGAAAUCCGGAGCUUGUGCUGCAUUCCUUGCAAAUUAUAAUCCAAGUUCUUAUGCAAAAGUGGCUUAUGGGAAUAAUCACUACAACUUGCCCCCUUGGUCGAUUAGCAUUCUUCCCGAUUGCAAAAACACUGUCUACAAUACUGCGAGGGUUGGAGCCCAAAGUGCACAAAUGAAGUUCACUCCAGUGUACCAACACUUCUCAUGGCAAUCAUACAAUGAGGAGACAACUUCAACUGAUGACAAUACGUUUUCGGUCGUGGGUUUAUUAGAACAAGUUAAUACUACAAGAGAUAGGACUGAUUACUUGUGGUAUAUGACUGAAGUCAACAUUGAUCCUGGUGAAGGAUUCUUGACGAGUGGAAAAUGGCCAAUUCUUAACGUUAUGUCAGCUGGACAUGCUUUGUAUGUUUUCAUCAAUGGAAAUUUAGCUGAUACUGCAUAUGGAAGUCUUGAAUUUCCAAAGGUUACUUUCAGUGAAGGUGUGAAUUUGAGGGCUGGAAUCAACAAAAUCUCAUUACUAAGCCUUGCUGUUGGGUUACCGAAUGUUGGCCCUAAUUUUGAGCGGUGGAAUGCUGGUGUUCUUGGUCCUGUUUCUUUAAGCGGUCUGAACGAGGGGAGGAGGGACUUGACAUGGCAAAAAUGGUCAUACAAGAUUGGGAUGAAGGGAGAAUCCUUGAAUCUACAUUCGCUUACAGGCGUCUCCAAUGUUGAGUGGAUCGAGGGCAAGUUUUUAGCUCAAAGACAGCCGUUGACAUGGUACAAAACUACUUUUAAUGCUCCAUCUGGAAAUGAACCCCUUGCUUUAGAUAUGGGUGCAAUGGGUAAGGGUCAAGUAUGGAUUAACGGACAUAAUAUUGGACGUUAUUGGCCUGCUUAUGUAGCAAAAGGUUCGUGUAGCGACUGUAGCUAUGCGGGGUAUUUUAGUGAGAAGAAAUGCUUAAGCUAUUGUGGAGAUGCUUCUCAAAGAUGGUACCACGUUCCUCGGUCAUGGCUGAAGCCAACCGGAAAUCUGAUGGUUGUAUUUGAAGAAAUGGGUGGAGACCCAAACUACAUAUCUUUGAUGAAGAAAGAAAUAAGCAGUAUUUGUUCCGACAUGAACGAGUGGCAACCGAACCUCGUAAAUUGGCAUUUGAAAUCUUCUAGGAGGAUCAACAAACCAUUGCGACCAAAGGCUAACCUAUGGUGUGCUCCUGGUCAGAAGAUAUCCUCUAUUAAGUUCGCGAGUUUUGGUACACCGGAAGGAUCUUGUGGAAGUUAUAGACAAGGAAGCUGUCACGCUCACAAGUCCUACGAUAUAUUCGAAAGGGAUUGUGUUGGUCAAGCGGGUUGUGCAAUAACUGUUGAGCCCGAGCUAUUUGGGGGUGAUCCAUGUCCUAGUGUUAUGAAAAAACUUGCUGUCGAGGCUAUUUGCAGCUGAUGUGUGGCGCUAUCAUGAUCUUGUGAGGAAAGCCUUGGAGCUCUCCGAUUCUUUCGAUAAUUAAGUUCGGGUUUUGCAACGUUUCCUCUUAUUUUUCGUUCGUACACACCAUAUUGAUCCAUUUUGGCUUUUGAGUACUUGGUGAAGUUGUGCAAACUUGCAACACACUCAAGUCCAAAGCAUGUACAAAAACCAUAGAUGCACUCCAUUUUUGUGAUCAAAAAAAGAAGUGAAAACAUGAAUUAGUUGUGUAGACUCUUAUGAGUAGGAGUAGGGGACUCUAGCACAUUGAGAUGAAUUACUACCAUGUUGUUUCUUUUUGAAUUUGCUACUAAAAGUGUCAUUUUUUUCUCAUAAUAUGUAAUUUUCAGUAGCAAACUCAGAGGGACAGAAGAUUAGUUAUUUUCAUAGUAGAGUCUAUUUUUGAGUGCUUUUUAGUUGCUAUAAUAAUUGUAAUGAAAAACAAUAUCUAAGGUAAUAUUCGGGAAUAUGUAAUUCUUUAUCUAAAAACAUUUGCAAAUAAUAUAACCAAGAAUUGCAUUUUUUUUUCUGUUGGAGU